AUGCAAUUUGGUAUAAAGACAAAUUCCAUCAGAUUAGAUGAAGACGAACGGACAUUAUAUGUUGAUAAGGCAUGCGUGGUACUUCCUAGUGAUUUAAGGAGUUGCUGCUCACUGAAAGAGCUCAAACCGGAUUUGCUGCUGUCAUUGAAAUAUCUUUUGAGAGUAGACGUAGUUGAUUCUCAAGCUGUAAUCCUUCACUAUCUUUCACAAUCUAGUAGGAAAUGCACUCAUUGCACUGUAUAUUCUUUGAACAACGCAUAUGGAUUUGAGCAGUAUUUGAUGAAAAGGGCCUAUGCGGGUACUCAUGGCUUAAAACGGUUUUUUGUUCUCAUCAAUCCAUUUGGCGGACAAGGAAAGGCAAAUAAAAUUUGGCAGCAGAUGGCUUCACCUGUAUUUCAAACGGCUCAUUUGGAAUGUAAUAUUGUUUUCACGGAGUACAGGAAUCAUGCUAGAAGCAUCGUUGCAAAUAUUGACCUGAAAAGCUUGGAUGCAAUUAUCUGUGUCGGUGGUGAUGGACUCUUUCAUGAAUGCUUGAAUGGUCUAGGGGAUAGAAAGGAUAAUGCUGUAGCAUUUAACACUCCUCUUUGCAUGAUUCCCGGUGGGACGGGGAAUGCUUUUAGUUACAAUGCCACUCAGGAAACGCACCCAGCCUCAGUAGCCCUUGAAAUUAUAAAGGGCGUUAAAAAGUCAUUUGACCUGAUGAGUUUUGAUCAAAAGGGGGAUAUAUCAUAUUCAUUUCUUUCGGCAAAUUACGGUAUUAUAGCUGAUAGUGAUGUGGGAACAGACAACCUGAGAUUUAUGGGUGAGAAUCGAACAAUUCUUGGGUUUCUUAUUCGAUUGUUUCAAAAGCCUACCUGGAAAUGCAAAGUGGAGAUGGAAGUCGUCUCGUCCGACCGAAAUGAAAUGAGAAAAGCUUACCUCCAGCGCUUACAGCAAGCUACUAUUAAUAAGAAUGGUGGUACCACGGACAGAAUAGUAAAUAUGCCCUGGUAUAAUGAAGGCAACAUUUCCCGCGUCACUAUUGACAUUCAGGACCUUUCGGUUUUCUAUGCUGGCCUUUUACCGUAUGUCGCUGCUGAUAUGCGAGUGUUUCCCGUCUGUGACAUUGACGAUGGGUUAAUCGACGUUGCUAUUAUUCGCUCGAAUCCAUUUCGUAGACCUCUCCUGAGCAUGUUUAUGCAUAUUGAAACCGGUGAACACUUUAAUUCCGAUUUUUUAUCAUAUUACAAAGUUCGUUCGUUCCGUUUUACACCCAUAGACACUGGAGCCCAUCAUUAUUUUGUCCUUGAUGGGGAAGAAUAUCCUUUUGUGCCUUUUGAAUGUCGAGCUGCCCCCGGAUUGGGGACUACUUUGGCUUCUCAAGCCGGAUUUAAACUCUUAAGCUUGUGA